AUGAGUCCAUCUAGCCCUGAUAUCCUGGGUCUACUGGAAGAGGCCCUCGCCGAGGAAGUAUGUCAAAAACAAGCACCUGGAUCCCCAGAUAAAUCGAAGUACAAAGUCCAAGCAGCAGAUGAGGAAGAAGGAAGUCUCAGCGUCGCCGAUUAUCAUCAAAAUAUGACACAGAUUACUCAGGACAAAAUUGAGAAGGGUGGGCUCAAACAUGAAGAGACCGAAAAAGCGCCUCUGGUGCAGGAAGUCACAGAGGCCGUGAAGAAGCGACUGAUCUCCAAGCAGGUGGAGGAUAGAACGGCUGAAAAGUGCGAGAUCAUAGGAAAGAGGUGGGAGGAGGAGCGCGGAAAGUUAAUAGAAAAACUCGAGCUGCAUAAAGGCGAGGCCAUGCAUUGCGAAGAUGCGAUUGGGCAGGGCAGCCUCGCAUCAGCUGAACUUGGCGAUCUGAUUGAGCAGUCGGAAGAUAGCAUCAAGGAUCUCAGCAGCAAAUUAGCUGAAAAGAACGAUCUGAUCAAGGAGCGCAAAGAUGAUAUUGAGGAGCUCGACGACGACUUGCAUGACAAGCACGAUCUGACGAUGCGGCUCGAGGCAGCUAUUGAUGGUAUUAGGCACGAGCUAUCUGACUUGCACGAUGAGAGGAAAAAGUGUCAAGAUAGUGUUGAGGAGGUCAGCAGCGACAAUUUAGCUGAAUUAGACUAUCGGAUCGAGGAGGGCGAAGAUCUUAUUGAGGAGUACCAAGAUGACAUCGAGGGGUACGAAGAUGAAAUAAGGGACGUGGUCGAUCUGAUGGUGGAGCACGAAGCUUGCGUCAAGGAGCUUAGCAGCGAAUCAGCUAAGUUGGACUCUCAGAUCAAGGUGUAUGAAGUAAAAUUGAGCCAGUAUAGGUACGAAAAGUGGAUGCGGGACGAGCAUAAAAAGAGGUUGCAAGAAGCAAAGGGAUUUUUUGAACAGCUCCAGAAGAAGGCUGGUGAUAUGAUCACAAAUCGUGAACUCGAAGUUGGGGAAGAGAUUCGUGAAGCAUACAGACUCGCGAAGGAAGAAGUAGAGAGGUCGGCAAAUUAG